AUGAAUGUCGUCUGGUUAUGUAUUACUGGCUCAACGGACGCUAGUCUACAUUCAAAACGCAAUACGGUCCUUAGUAAGCAAAGUAUACUGUAUACCUCGGCCCCGCAUCGACCCUCAACAUUCACAAGCUUCCAACAACUCAACCCCUCAAUAAGGGGACUCCUAUCCAACUCAUGCUCCUCCCUUCUACAAUCACUCUCACCUUACACCGUAGCCAUGGGCGGGUUUCGUAGUCUUUUCUACCUCGCAGGGCCGCCAAUCCUGCUGGCCGUGUCGAUCCCCAUGAUGAUCUUUGCUGUUAUCACGACCACGGUCGCCAUCAGCGCACUAACACUGCGUGUGUCCAUCGUCUAUUUCGAGCUCGCGGUUGCGCUCAUACAAGCAUACCUAUUUCCUCCCCUGCCUAAGCCUUUCCCAGAGAAGACGACGAAACGGCACGCUUCCCCUCAUCGCACACGGCACCGGCUUGGAAGCCUUACAAGCAGCACCUCCUCGGACACUCCGCGACCGCCACCCUUGCACAACAAAAGCGCCUCGUUCGUGUCUCUGGUUGGGCCAGGAGAGGUGACAAGAGAUUAUGAAGGCCUUGGAGGCUGGAGGAUGGCCGGCGAGAAAGAAGACGAAGCUCUCUGGGCCGGCAUGAACUCGCGUCUGGAGCUACCUGCAAUGACCCCAAAACGCCACCACCACCGGAGUUUGACCGCUGGCAGCCAUAGUCCCCGGUGGAGACGGAGUCCUACACAAAGUCGAGCGAGGACCCCGUGUACUUGUGACGAGAAACAUGCUGCUGGAGGCUAUUUCUCUCUCCAACCAAGCGUGAGCUCAACACGGUUACUGGAGAUGAAAGAGCUAAGGCAAAGAAACACUGGCGGCAGCAACACCAGCGGGGCAACAUCGAGGAGAACCAGUGUUACCAUGAAAGAGCAGGGUCCGUGAGCGCUCUUACAGAUGCGUUUCAUGUGUACGAUGUGCCUACGAGCGUAUGGCUUCU